GAUGACCCAACUUUGUAAGUUGAGUCAUCUAUUUUGGAACGGAGGGAGUAUUUAGGAACGGAGGGAGUAGUAAUCUGUGCACGUGGUAGGAAUGUUUUGUCAUAUUCCAUCCCUGAGCUCUCAAUCCUGGGGUCGUAAUAUGCAUACACUUUGGGUGUCGAGCAACGCGCGUUGGUACCCCAUAGAUGACUCAGUUGACACAGAUUUACCCAAGGUUCAGGCUCCUGUAUAGGUCAUAUCCUCGCCGGAUGGCGAUCUCCAUGCUUGGCUCCUCAAAAGAACAGGGUCGUGUUGCUUGAGGUUUGAAUUGAAUUGUCCUCCUACAUAUGCGUCUUUUCGUCAGGGUUUGAUCCUCUCCGGGUUUGUCUCAUAGAUGGCACCAUCCUUAGUCGGCUUAAACGCUGGAUCCUUCAGGGUAAGUCCUUCCCUAGUGCAAUGGGUAUUGGGUAUGGUCUUGUAGAAGACCCCUUAGGCCUUGUGUACGAGCAGGUCAUCUUAUGUAAGUACGCUUUCUCUCGUGCGCUCGUGACACCCUGAUACGUCUCAAGUAGCGUUGAGACGAUUUUUGGAGUGGCCUGAUCUUUCACCGCACGCACACACAGUAGCAAUGAGUUCGCCAGCAAGAACGAACAGCAGUAGAUGAUAGACUAUGCUUGUAAACGUGUAGUAGCUAGAUGAAGAAAAUAUAGUGGAAAGAAGUAGCACCGUGGCGUAGUACUACUACAGCUAGAUUAGAUGGAUGGAUUAUGCUAAUGAUGAUCAGCGGCGACGGCGGCGACGGAGCGAUUAACAGAUGGAGCAGAGAACAGAAGUACUAGAUGAGAUGAAAAAUAGAGAUGAUUCGACCCUUGCUGAUCAAGAACCGAACUGAAGCUUGUGUCCUGACGAUCAACGCCGCCGAAACACCAUGCAAAUAUCAAACCCUAAUAAGGGACGCAGGAGCACAGAUAAGGCGCAUCCAUUAGAUGCAAUUUCUGAGUAUUUUUACUUCCAACUAAAACCUAACUUUUACAUGGCCAUAUGGCCUUUAUUUAUAGGCACACGCAGGCACCUAGGCUAAGCCCGUAACUAACAGAAUCACAAACCGGACUCAACAAGGAAAAAAAAAUAUAAAGCAUCCAACUAGGAUAUGGCUGGGACAAAACUAAAAACUAGGAGACUUUGACCUUCACGUAAGCUUGCUUUCCUGAUUAGAGUUGUACAAGUAGUUGCAUGGAGUUCUAAAACAAGGCUCCACUUCAUCUGAAGGAAUUAGCUCAAUAGGCAUCUCACCAAUACUUGGACCCCUGAAUAAAAUGUCUUGUUUUUGACUUCCUUGGAUAUUUCAUGAGCAAGGCAUGGAGCCUAAUAUACCUCUUUGAUUUGUUGAAUGCAACACCUUCCUUUGACGUAAAGCAGGCACAAUAUAUUUUGAUGUAUUAUCCUCACUAUCAGAGUCUCGUUUCGAAGGUAUCUUAUUUAGCACCAAUGGUGAAACAACAAUAUUACCUAGGGUGACCGCAUCACACCCUGAGGAGACGCGAUGACACACUCAAAAAUUAUGUAUGUUCUCAUAUUUUCUGAGAUUGCCUAUUUGUAUCUUACUGCUGUUUUAUUUGUAUUCAGGGAAAUAGUUGCUUACAUUGCGAACACACUUAUUUUCAUACUGAGUGGGGUUAUUAUUGCAGAUGGCGUGCUAAGACAUAAUGUCCAUUUUGAGAGGCACGGCACUUCAUGGGGGUUUCUUCUUCUGCUCUAUUUCUAUGUACAAAUGGCACGGGCUGCAGUUGUCGGUGCUCUGUAUCUUUUGUUGCGCUACUUUGGGUAUGGUUUGGACUUAAAAGAAGCCAUAAUUAUUGUUUGGUCUGGGCUGCGAGGUGCUGUUUCCCUAUCAUUAGCGCUGUCUGUUAAACGUGCUAGUGAUACAGCUCAACCUUUUCUGAAACCAGAAGUCGGAACAAUGUUUGUGUUCUUCACUGGCGGCAUCGUGUUUCUGACACUAAUAUUGAAUGGUUCUACCACACAAUUUUUGUUGCACGCACUUGGUAUGGACAACCUGUCAGUAACAAAGCUUCGCAUGUUGAAUUAUACUAGACAUGAAAUUCUAAACAAUACAUUAGAAGCUUUUGGUGAUCUCAAAGAUGAUGAGGAGCUUGGUCCUGCUGACUGGGUUACAGUUAAGAAAUAUAUCACAGGCUUGAGUAACUUGGAAGAUGAACAUGCACAUCCACAUGAUGACAAUCAUGAUCACGUACAUACCAUGAAUUUAAAGGAUGGUCGAGUGCGUCUUUUGAAUGGUGUGCAAGCCAGUUACUGGGCAAUGCUUGACCAGGGACAGAUAACUCAAGCUACAGCAAAUAUUUUGAUGCGAUCAGUUGAUGAAGCUAUGGAUCUUGUUUCUAGCCGACCAUUAUGCGAUUGGAACAGUUUGCAGUCCAGUGUCCAUUUCCCAAGUUACUAUAGGUUCCUUUCUGCAAGCAUGUUACCACAAAGUUUUAUCACAUACUUCACAGUACAAAGAUUGGAGUCAGGAUGUUACAUCUGUGCUGCAUUUCUUCGUGCUCAUAGAAUUGCAAGGAGACAACUACAAAAUUUUCUUGGUGAUAGUGAGAUUGCAAAAAUUGUUAUUGAUGAAAGUAAUGCUGGGGGAGAGGAAGCUAGGAAGUUCUUGGAAGAAGUUCGCUGUACAUUCCCUCAGCUUCUUUGUGUGCUAAAGACUCGACAAGUAACAUAUGCUGUAUUGACACACUUGAGUGAGAAUGUUCAAAACCUAUGGAAGACUGGGUUACUGGAAGAAAAAGAAAUGGCACAUCUGGAUGAUGCUUGGCAGACAGACCUGAAGAAGCUUAAGAGGAAUCCACAAUUAGUGAAAAUGCCAAGAGUUGGCGAUCUUUUAGGCACUCAUCCAUUAGUCGGCAUGCUGCCUGCUGCUGUGCGUGCUCCUUUGUUAAGCAAUACAAAAGAAAAAGUAAAAGGGCAUGGUGCAGCCCUAUAUAUGGAAGGCUCAAGAGCAACUGGUAUAUGGAUUGUUUCGAUCGGAGCAGUAAAGUGGAGAAGUCAGAGGCUAAGCAGCAGGCAUUCUUUGCACCCAAUUUUCCCACAUGGAAGCACUUUGGGUCUAUACGAGGUGCUAACAGGAAAGUCUUGUCUCUGUGACAUGAUUACAGAUUCUCUCGUGCGCUGUUUCUUUAUUGAAGCUGAAAAGAUAGAUCAAUUGCGUCGGUCAGAUCCUUCUGUUGAGGCUUUUCUGUGGCAGGAAAGUGCUGCAGUCAUUGCUAAGCUCUUGAUCCCACGUGUGUUCGAGAAAAUGACAAUGCAAGAGACGCGGCUUCUCGUCAGCACAGGAUCUACUAUGAACUUGUACACCAAGGGUGAAGACAUCAUGCUCGAGCAUAAUUACAUCGGCAUCUUACUAGAAGGAACUUUGAAGGCGGAGAACCAAAACAGCAUCUUACCUCCAGGAGUGCUGCUGCCAUCAAACAUGGACCUGGAGUUACUUGGUCUGGAGUCUUCAGCUAUGAACCGUAUGGACAGUUGCUACGCAGCAGACAGCUAUCAGGUGGAAGCCCAAGCUAGAGUUCUCAUCUUCGAAGUAGGGAGGCUGUUCACGGAGGCCAAUGGGCAGAGGAACCAGCCGGGUGGUAGCUUCUCUGCUGAAGCCUUGCAGCUCAGCGUGGAAGAAUCCACUGGAGAAGAACAAGUCAUCAUUACCGUCGACUCUCCGAACAAGCUGCCCUUGGGUGAUUCAUCAGCUGGCUCAUCAUCUGGCGUGACGCGAGGCAGCUGAUGGGAUCUUGUGCGAAUAUAGUAGCGUGCUUGAUGGAGUAGCAAUCAUGAAAUUGACCUCUCUUUUUGAGAAACUUGGCUUUAUUACUUGCUGGUGUAACUAAAUCGCCGGUAACCAUAAAUAGAGUGUACAAAGUUGGGUAUGUCAUCAUGCCAUUUGACAUCGCUGGGUGUCAUACAAGCUACGUAAUUACAGAUAAGAGAUGCUGAAGGUGAUAGUCAUGAAAUUAGCUUUAUGGACCGAAAAAGGAUUUGGGACGCUCUCAGUUUUGUUUAAAAGAGCGCGUCGCUGCAACCAUUCAAUCACGUUAUAUUCAGCUUUUUUUGCUACAUUGGCCAA